GCAUAUUCUAUGCUGCAAGUACCUUUCUGUCUGUUCCUCAUGAAAGUUUAGUCGAAUUUCCUUUGAUUUCUCAGCCUAAGCUGAGGAAACCCAUAUUAUUUUGUUGUUGUUCUGUCAAGGGACAUCAUCAUAUACGCAUACGGCAUACCUUUGUAUUAUUAGAGCAUUUUUCUACUUCUGGCAAAUGGGUCUUCGGCAGAACUUCCUUUUGAUCACAGCUUCAGUGUUUUUCAGCGUUGCCACAGCUUGCUCCAAUGGAGAAUGCAAACUACUUGAUCCAUGCUCAUCAGAUGGAGAUUGCCAAGUUGGACUCUAUUGUUUCUCUUGCCCUCAAGGAUUUUCAGGCUCUAGAUGUGUUAGAUCAACCACUACAAACCCAUUCAAGCUCCUGAAUAACUCUCUUCCCUUCAAUAAAUAUGCGUUCUUGACAACCCAUAAUGCUUAUGCAAUCGAAGGAGAGCCAUCUCACACGGGGCUUCCUCGGGGUACCGUUACAAAUCAAGAAGAUAAUGUCACUCAACAACUAAACAAUGGAGUUCGCAGCUUAAUGCUCGACACGUAUGAUUUUGAGGGAGAUGUAUGGUUGUGCCAUUCUUUCGGAGGAAAAUGCUACGACUUAACUGCAUUUGAACCGGCUAUAGACACACUAAAGGAAAUUGAAGCUUUUUUAUCAACAAACCCAGCAGAAAUCGUCACAUUGAUCUUAGAAGACUAUGUUCAAGCCCCCAAUGGACUGACAAAGGUCUUCACCGAUGCCGGGUUGAUGAAAUUCUGGUUUCCGGUGACGAACAUGCCCAAAAAUGGUCAAGAUUGGCCACUUGUCAAGGACAUGGUUGCUAAUAACCAAAGGCUACUUGUUUUCACUUCGAUUAGGUCUAAAGAACAAAGUGAAGGCAUUGCAUACCAGUGGAACUACAUGGUUGAAAAUCAGUAUGGAGAUGGUGGAAUGCAGGGGGGGAAGUGUCCAAACAGGGCAGAAUCAUCACCCCUUAAUGACAAAACCAAGUCUUUGGUGUUGGUGAAUUAUUUUGCAUCCAUUCCCUUUAAGAUAACAGCAUGUGAACAAAACUCGGCGGAUCUCAUCAACAUGCUCCAUACUUGUUUUGGUGCUGCCGGCAACCGGUGGGCUAACUUUGUCGCCGUCGAUUUUUACAAGAGGAGUGAGGGAGGUGGAUCAUUUCAAGCCGUCGACACUCUCAAUGGGGAGCUCUUGUGUGGCUGUGAUGAUGUCCAUGCAUGUGUGCCUGGAUCAUCUUCAGAAGCUUGCACUCCAUGAGCUUGGCACUCCCUGAAAAUUAACACUUCGUACAGUAAAACCUAUCCCUUACCCCAAUUACGUAGCUCAACACAAUAUUCAAUCCUAUAUAAUUGUAAAAAAUAAAGAAAUAAAUUAUUCAAUUUCAAAGCAGCAAUGAAAUAUCAACUCUAUUUUGUGACCUAAAAAAUGUAAGAAAUUAUUUACAGGAAGCAAAUAAAGUAACAAAAGUAACUCGGAGUCUUGGAUGAUACACAAAAUGCAGAUAGGGCAAAAGGUAGCAAUCACUGUUCAUAUUUCAAAGCCCAUUCAACUGUUUACUAUACGUUUGAAAAUUUCUUAGAUUUUUUUUUUCCUAGUUUUUUUCGUGUGAAUGUUAACUCUUUCCAUGUAUGGGUAUAGUUAUUAUGUCUUGGCCCAGAUUGGAUAGAAAAUUGGCCCAUGGGGAUCCAUAGUAGGCU